AUGUCCAUGGAGGGACAAGUUGUCAACGCUUCGGUUCUUUAUAAAGACAACGAGCUUUGGAAAGAUGUGACGCCGAUUUAUCCGAACGAUGCGGAAAAUGGCGCCGUACGCAUCAAUCUUUCUGAACAGUGUAAUUUUUAAUUUUAAAAAUGAAGAAAAAAUUUAUUUUGAAGUUGUCGACGCGUUUGCGUACCUACGAGCGGCGAUGGAGAAGCUUGAAUAUUCUGAACGGACUUUAGAUCUCACUACGGAUUGUAUUCAGCAGAAUCCAGCCAAUUAUAGUGUUUGGUAAGGGAAAUAUUGGAAAACUGGAAUAAAUUUUGAAAUUUUAGGCAAUAUCGCCGUGAAAUCCUGCUGCAUUUGAAGAAAAAUCUGGGCAAGGAGCUCGAAUAUCUCGACAUGAUAAUUGAGGAAUCGCCGAAGAAUUAUCAAGUUUGGUUAGUUUUUUGCUGGAUUUUUUUCAGAAAAUGAUGUUUUUUUGAGUUUGAAAAAAAGUUUAUUUUGUCGGAAAAAAAAUUUUUUUAUUUUUUUGAAAAUUUCCGGAAAUCUUCAAUUUUUUUCAUUUCAGCUUGACUUGUAGGAGUAUAUAAUGUUAAAUUGUAGGUUUAAAAAAACUUUAAAUGAAAGGAAGUUUGAAGAAAAUUGAAAUAUUCGAAAAAAAUCGUUGAUUUUUUUGUUCAAAUUAUGCGAUUUUUUUAAAAAAAUUUUUUUCUACUUUUUUUCAAAGAGCGUCAAGUUUUCAGCGCAUAUUCAGAAUUUUUUUAAGGAUGUUUUUUUCAAAUGAAAUUUUUUUAAAAAAAAUCGAUAUUUUAGGCACCACCGUCGCAAGUGUGUUGAAGAGCUUGGAAUCGGGGCUGCUUCGGGCGAAAUUAACUUCACCGCCUUGAUUAUUGGCGAUGAAAAUAAGAACUAUCACGCCUGGCAGCACAGGUUUGUUCAGAAGGGGUCGGAAAAUUGAUAUUAAAAAAAAAAUUAAGAACCACAGAUAAAACUAUGAUUUUUCUGAAGCCAAGUUUUCCUUGAAAACUCCUCAAAAUCUUGAAUUUACUAUAAUUUUUUCGAAAAGAAGCUCCCCUCUGAAACUUCUCGUGUACUUUUUUGAAUAUUUUUGUUUUUUCGCGACUUGGAACUUUCUGAGAAAAUCUAGGGAUCACUUGAGAGUUUUGAAGCUUCUUAAGGGGUCACUAGAAAUGCUCCGGCGCUUUACCAAGGCCCUAGCUUUUUUUCUCGGCGCCCUCCUCGUUUCUCGGCAACUCUCUCAUUUUAACGUGCUAUUUUUAUUCUGUCUGACCCGUGAGGGAACAGAGAGACGCAGAAAGGCAGAAAUUUUCGAGUGGUGGCCUAAACUUUGAGAUAUUUUCCGAAAUGAACAUAAACGAGAGGUUUUGAAGUUCUUAAAAACGCCUGAGCGGUCCCUAUAGAGGCAACCUUAGGGACCACUAAAGCUUGCAAAAGUGGUCCCUAUAGGGGGACAUGCUAUUUGAUAACUGUUAUGAACUCUAAGCGAAGAAGCAUUUCCAUGAAAAAAUAAGCGUUUUUGAGUAAAAUUGUAAGACCCCACUAGGGUCCACUUGAGCAUUAGGCGCUGAGGGGUCAGACCCUUAACCCCUAUAGGGACUACCUUAACUUUUAGGGGCCAUCUUAGUUUAGAGGACAACCUUAAUUUCCUCUAUAGGAUACUACCUUAAUUUCACCACUAUAGGGACCAUUUUUUUGCCCCCUUUAGGGGCUCUUUCUCCUCCUAACCCCUAGAGGGAUCACCUUAAUAUAUAUUUUAGUUUCCUUUAUAGGAGACUAUCUUAAUUUCACCUCUGUAGAAACUACUUUUUUGGCCCCUAACCCCUAUAGGGACCACUUUGGAAAUCCUAAGUUCCAGUUCAUUUUUUCAGACAAUGGGUCGUCCGAACCUUCAAGGUGCCCUACAACGAGGAAAUGUCCUUUUCGCUACGUCUUCUGCUGGAAGAUCAUCGCAAUAAUUCGGCCUAUAAUUAUCGUUAUUUCCUGAUCACUCUGUAUGAUAAGAACAAUGACAAGGAGACGAUAGACGUUGAAAUCAAGUGAGAAAAAGAAAAUUUUCCGAAGAAUUGAUGAAAAUUCUCCAGCCUGUGCAAGCGGUUCAUCGAGGCGAUGCCGAAUAAUGAAAGUGUCUGGAAUUAUUUGUCCGGGUUGGUUUUUUUUUUUUUGGAUUUCUUUUGACAGGAAACUGAAUUUUUCUUAAUGUAGAAGGAUCAAGACGUUUCCAGAAAAAGAGACAAAAAAUAAUUUUUUCAACAGUUUUUAACUUGAGAAGAUUGUGAAGGGAAUUGUUCGAAAACCGUAUUUUUUUGUAGAUUGAUAAAAAAAAAGUAAUUAUUUUUCACUUUCAAAAUUUCCAUUUGCCUUCCUCUUCAUUAUAAAAUGAGUUUUUUUAGCGUUUUUCAAGACCAGAAUUUUUUUGCUUUGAAAUUCUCUUUUUUUCCUUUCUUUUCAUUGUAAAUUGGUUAUUAUAAUGUCUUAUUUUUCAAACUUUAAACUUUAAGAAAUCAUUGAAAUAUUCAUUAGUUUUUCCUUCUAGGGUUCUUAUAGUUUCACGCUAAAUUUCACUUUUUUUCAGAAUUUUAGAGCAAAGUUUUUCAUCAAUUUUUUUGAAUAGUUUUACGCAUAAUUUCUCAUUUUUUUCGAUUUCUAGGCUCCUUCUGAACAACGCUUUCUACACGUACGAUAGUUUGUUGCCUUUUUGUCGAGGAUCUGUACGAAAGGACGGAACCUGACAAACGGUCGCCUUAUUUGGUGAGGGUUUCUGUUCAAAAAAAUAGACAAAAAAAUGUAUGAAAUUAGAAGAAUUUUUGGCUAAAAAAACUUGAAAAAAAUCUUGAAAAAAAUUGGAGAAUUAGAGUUGGAAAUGGUGUAGAAAAUGGAAGAUUUCAGAUUUUUUUAGUUGAAUUCUUUGUGGUUUUCUAGUUUACAUCAAGUUUCAUCUCUAUUUUUUUCAUUUUGUCUUAAAAAUAUCCUCUGUAUUUUUUUCCAGUACUUUUUAAAAUUCAUCUGUAUUUAUCCGUUUUUAAGAAAAAUUACUUUUUUUGGAGUAUUUUUUUAAAAAGUUUAUCUGUUUUUCCAGUUUCCAUCAAAAAAAUUCAUCUUUAUUUUUAAUUUUGUCUUAAGUCCUCUCUAAUUUCCAAUACUUUUUUUAAGCUCUACUUUUUUUCAGUAUGAAAAAAAUUCUUUGGCAAUUUUUUUCAGUUUUUCUUCAAAAAAAUUCCUCUGUAUUUUUUUCAGCUUUAUUUAAAAAGUUCCUUUGUAUUUUUUUCCAGUUACCUCAAGAAGAUCCUUCGUAUUUCUGCAUUUUUUUAAAGAAAAAGUUUCUCUGUGUUUUUUUCAAAUUUUUAUUGGGGAUUUAAUUUAUAUUUUUCCCAGUACUUUUUUUAAAAUUUUUCAACUUUUUCAUUUAUCAUUUUUUUAUCUCUAGCGCGCCUUUUUAAAAAAAGGUCCCACGUAUAUUUCCAGUAUUUUUUUAAAUUUUCUAUAUUUUUUUAGUUUUCUUCAAGAGUUCCUCUGCAUUCUUCCACUGCUUUUUCAAAAGUUUAUUUUUUUAUUUUUUCAGCUUUUUUUAAAAGUUCAUUCCUUAUUUUUCCAGUUGUCUCACCAAGAUUCUUUGAAUUUCUGCAGUUUUUUAAAAAAGUUUCUUUGUAUUUUUCAAAUUUCCUUAAGGAGUUGGUUCAUAUUUUUCCAGCUGUCGUUCAUCGCCGACGCGUAUUUGGAACGAAUCGAGAAGGAUUCGAACGCGGAAGCGAGUGCUGAACGCGCCUCACAGGUUAGACUAGGAAAAAAAAAUAAUAUCAUUUUUUCAAAGAUUUCAGUGCUGUUAUUCAUUAUUUCCUAAACAAGCAUGAUCAUUAAAAAUUCAACUUUUCGAGUAAAAAUUUCCCACCGGAAACUGUGAAAUGUGAUAUGGAAGCUUUUUGGAAGAAGUUGAGAUAGGGACUUCAAUUUUUCUGAUUAAUUUUAGAGACUGAAUUUCUAAUUAAGGGAAUUUUUUCGAAGAAAAAGAACCUUUCCUACGAAAUAAGGAGCUUGAAAAUGAACAAUAUGUCAUUUUUGAUAUGACCAACGGUUUUUUAAGGAUUUUUAGAACAACUUGAAUGAAAGAAUCGCCUUUAUUCGUUUACUUUCGAGCUGAAAACUUGUCGGAAUGAAUUUUUUUGCCCUGCUUGAUUUUUAAAUUAAGAAAAAAAAUUCAAAUAAUCAAUUUGAUGACCUUCUAGAAAAUGCGUUUAAACUGACCAGCCUGUUAACGCGUCAAAAACCCGUUCUUCUGAACCUCGAACUCCAUUUUUGAUGUUGAAAAUAUAGUCAAUGUUUCCCGACUUGAAAGGCGAAGGAGGCGGGGCAAGGGGCGGGGCGCGUAGCGUGUGCGUUCGCGGUUCUUGGCGCCAGUUCAAUUCACUCGCCGCCGACUAUUUAAAAAUCUCGGCAACCGCUCUUUUUCAAUGUUUUCUACUAUUUUUUGAUGCACAUAUUAACAUAAUCAAUAAACACUUGAAAAAAGCGAAAAACGGGCUUUUCAAAGAGUCGAUGGCGGUUGAAUUGAACUCGUGCCAAGAACCGCGUACGCACACGCUACGCGUCCCGCACCUUGCCCCGCCUCCCUCGCCUUUCAAGUCGGGAAACAUUGACUAUACCCGGCGUUGAAAAUGAGCAUUUUUCAAAGAAUUCUGUAACUAUUUAUUGACGAAAUUUUAAAAAAUUGCAUUUUGUAUAUGUAUCUAGAACUCUUAGGAUUCAAAAUUAGUUCCGGAUUCCAAAUUACACUCGAAUUCAAUUCAGGAUCAUACUGGUUACUAUUUUUCUAGGAAACUCUGAAAUUGAGACCGCGAAAAGAUUAAAAACCACAUGAAGAUGAGGCAAAAAAACGGAGAAUUCGAAUUUUUAUCGAUUUCAAUCAAAACUACACAUUUUCUUUCACAAAAAGUGUAUUAAAUUGAUUUCAAAAUAGGCUCCGAAAUCCAAAAAAAAAGUUCAAAUUCAGUUCAUAAUCAUACGGGUUACUAAUUUUGGGAAUGUAAAAGUUGUCUUUGAACCUUUUUUCACAGCAUAAAAAGCCUUGAAACCCGACAAAAAAGUGAAUUUCUGCAGUUGUACUCCGAACUGACCGACGUCGAUCCCGUCAGGGCCAACUAUUGGAAAUAUCAACGUAUCCAUGUGACCAACGUCGUCGAAAGAAUCCAAGCCAAGAGAAAUUGA